CAGAAACUGGAUUCCAGGAAUGGAGGAUGAGAAACCGAGAUUUGUGAGGUGGUCGAUAAAGGAGCUGUUCAACCUGCAGAAGCUCCAUCAGAAUCCAGACUGGCCAGAGGAGUUGAUAAAAGAAGGGCCUUGGUUAGAACAUUACUACAUCAACUUGUCAGAUACGGAGGAGGAGCAAGAAACACCAAGUUUCAACAACUGGGUUCCCCAAGCGAGCCAAGACAAGGAAGAGGAGACCAUAAGGCUUACUGGUAACAUGAAAGUUCUGCUAAAAGAAAUGGAUAGAGUGAUUGAAGACAAUGGUGAAAAACAGGAAAUGGAGAAGCAAAUGAAGAAACUAUUGGAAGCAAAUGAGGGACUUGCAAACCAUAUUAGGGAGCUUUGGAAAAAGGUUACUGUUGCUGAUGAGAAAAUUGAGAGUAUGGAGAAAAAAAUGACUGAGGUGAUGCAGGAAAACAGAUCACACCAGAACCACAUAAAAGCUCUGAAGAAAUGUUUGGCGAAAGCAACCAGCAGGGACCCUGACCUGAAAAGCAGUGAGCAACAAAAUAAUCAACAAGAGAUGGUGCAGGUGUUGACCGAGAAAGAUCACAGGAAGGAAUCUACGCAGAAUAUGACACUCAAACACCAGUCAACGAAGAACCAAGGGCAGCAGAUCUAAUUGAUGCAUCUCCAAUAUCUUACAAGAGUCCAGAACGGGAAGUGUUUGAGGAUACACAUUUGGACACACUAAAUGAGAUGGAAUCAGAAAAAAUAGAUCAACUUGUGUCGAAAAUACUGGAAGCAGCUGAGACGGUUGAAAUGCCUGAGGCAGGAACAGAAAUGGCAGUACCAUCGGUCCCCACGGAGAAGAAAACGGUUGACAUGCAUUCAAUCGAGAGGAAUGUGAAAGUAAAAAAGAGAAAGGCAGCUGUGAAGAACAAGAACGAUGACUUUGAGUAUGACACACCGGAGAUCCUGAAGACUUAUGAAAAGAGAAGAAAGACUGCUGCACAGGAACAGCCAAAGGAGAAAAAGAAAGCACAACCGAAGCCGCCAACAAAAAUUCAGAAAGGAAAAGAAGUGCAGCACCAAAUACAAAUAAAAGAGGUGAAUUGUGAGAAGUACACAUGGAAAACAUUAAAGCCUGAACUAGCAAGACACUACCAGCAAUUCUUUGAGAUGGUGGAUGACAAUACAUAUGUCUACUGGAGAAGUGAAAAUGGAAUACUAGGGGUAACCAGGGGAGACAUGAAGAUUAUCGUAGAAGAGAAAGAUCUGGAUGUUAAUGUGGUCAAGGCUUACACUGAAAUGUUGCAGAAGGAAAUGAAAGAAACGAACACUCAGAUUGGAUUACUAAACAUCGAAGCAGCGUUUUACGCAGUUCAACACGAAAGGAAACUAGCGGAUUUCAAAAAAGAAGCUACCCCAAGGUGA